UAGGGGAUAGGGAUACCUCAUAACUCCAAUCUUAAAACUGUCUCCAACACCAUAAUUUAUUUUUUAAAAACAGCAAAGAAUUAGAAACAUAAUACUACACAAUGGGUAACAACCAUCCAAAGAAGUUGUUACCUAGCUAUGUAGCCUUGUGAAACUUUGUGGCGCGAAUACGUGCCCACAGGAUCAAAUAGGAAAACAAACAAGGAAGAAAGUUAUGUUCUUACGAACCUUCAAAACUCUUCUUCCUCUUCUUCAUCUUUCUCCCUAACACACAAUAUGUCCCUUCAAACCUCAAAAUCACUGGCCAAUUUCAACACACAUAUCAUGAUUUUCAAUAGGCAGAUUCCUUUCCAUAAAUGGAAAAUGAAAAUGCUCUCAAUUUGGCACUUGUGGGAUUACGCUGGGUAUGCUGUUGUUGGAAGUAUUAGCCGUUUUUUUGUGCAAUUCAAUUCAACAAAAACUGGCAGAAGAUGGGUUUAAUUUGCCGAGUUUCGGCAGAUUAGAUCUAAAAGAAAAUGAGCACCGAUCAGAUAUGCAAUAGCACCUUCUGGACCAAGGAGGAGGAAAAAGUCUUUGAGACUACCCUAGCGAUCUACUUUAAGGGUGGUGAUCUAUUGACGAAGAUGGAAGAAGCGCUUCCUUGUAAAUCGCGUGAUGAUAUCAUAAAUCACUAUAAAAUAUUAAUCGAGGAUGUUGAUGCCAUCGAGUCUGGACGUGUUCCAUUACCUAAUUAUCCAGAAUUGCCAAGCCAUUCCAACCAGAAAAGCCGAUUUCCAAAAACAAAUCUAGCACGGCGAAAAGGGGUUGCUUGGACAGUAGAGGAACACAGGUCGUUUCUCCGGGGGUUAGCUAUAUAUGGGCGAGGUGACUGGAGAAGUAUAGCCAGGAACUGUGUGAUAACAAGAACAUCAAUGCAAGUGGCUAGCCAUGCCCAAAAAUAUUUCAAUCGCCUCAAAGCCGUCAACAAAGAGAAUAGAAGAAUGAGCAUUCAUGAUAUAACUAUUGUGGAUGCUGAAGUCGCUGGAACUUCCCAAGUACCAUAUACUGAGGGCAUGAUUUGGCCUGCUUGUGGAGGUUCGCAAGCGGUGGCAUGCACUAGCAAUCAGAACAUGUUACCUCCAGAAAGCACCAAUGCUGAGCAGAUGAUAGCAGUUGCUGGAGGAGAGUCCUCAGGUCAUACUGCUGCAUUUGUCAGUGGAAUGAAUAGUAUGUCUGAUGAGGAUGAUUUCAUAUUGCAUAUUGAUGACCUAAUUGUGGAUCCCGAGGAUGCUAAUGAAUCUGAGAUUCUUGUUGAUGGUGGAAAGUCGCUAUUACCCAGCAAACAGCCAUGUACUGCUUGUAGUAGUGGAAGUAACAAUCAUCCUAUCUUUAGAGUUGGGAGUGAACUGGGAGCAUUAAUCACUAAGCAAAUGGACGAAGACUAUGAUUUCUUUUCCAUCUUUGAUGAUGGGGAAGCACCAAUUUCUCAUGCAAUGGUGUCCAAUGCUGCUCAUAGUGGGAUGACAAGUUUUGCAGUGGCUAGCAACAGUGCUAACAAUCCACCUCAGAACACGGUGUCUGCUCAUAGCGGAAGGACCAGCUUUGCAGCUGCUAGCACCGGUCCUAACAAGGCACCUCUGAACAUGGUGUCUGAUCAUCCUCAAUUACCUCACGUUGCCCCUUCAUCUAACUGUGUUGUCGGAGAAUGGCUCCAAUUUAAAUACUACCAUUGAUGAUGAAAGCUGAUCUGGAUGACCUGUUCACAGAUUAGAUGUUCCUGAAUUGGUGAAACAGAAGUUGUUAAUGUUGAUAUUAGCUUGUCACAACCAGAUAGGCUGUAAAUAUUGAAACUGCACUUGUUUUUUUGAACACCUACCAUUAAUAAUGUAUAUUAUGUACUACAUAUUAAUCUGGAGUUCAGCACUAUUAGUUCCUUUUGA